CUGUUUUGGUAUCUCUGGUUAGGGAAGGGUGGAUAUCAAGCAUACUAUCUACGUCAUACUAUCUACGUACCUCUAUACAACAUAACCUCAGUUACAGGCUGCCUUAAAUUUGUCUGUUUAAGCGAACCGAGUUUCAGUCUUCAUGUGAAGUGGAGCCAAAUAUACACCUCUGAGUUCAUUGCUUACUGUAAAUCUGAUCCAGAUGUCUUAUGUAUCAGACAGCUCUAGUCUCAACAAGGCCCUGCGGCAGCAAUACCUCAGUCUGCCCCAGGGACACUUCUGUCAGGUCACUUACAUCUGGAUCGAUGGCUCUGGAGAGGGUCUGCGUAACAAGACUCGAACCAUGGAUUCAGAGCCAAAGAGCAUUGCUGACAUACCAGAAUGGAAUUUCGAUGGUUCCAGCACAGGUCAGUCUAAAGGACACAACAGUGACAUGCUACUGAUUCCGGUCUGCAUGUUUAGGGACCCCUUCCUCUUGGACCCGAACAAACUGGUGCUAUGUGAGGUGCUCAAACACACCCGAGAACCUGCAGAAUCGAACCACCGUAACCAAUGUAACAAGGUCAUGGAAAAGCUCAAAGACCUUCACCCCUGGUUUGGCAUGGAGCAGGAAUAUACUCUUCUAGGAGUGGAUGGACACCCUUAUGGCUGGCCCAGACUGGGAUUCCCCAAACCACAAGGUCCGUAUUACUGCAGUGUCGGUGCUGACCGAGCUUUUGGCAGAGACAUUGUGGAGUGUCAUUAUAAAGCCUGUCUGUAUGCUGGCAUUAAAAUCAGUGGCACUAACGCAGAGGUCAUGCCAUCUCAGUGGGAGUUCCAGGUGGGUCCAUGUGAAGGAAUUGAGAUGGGAGAUCAACUAUGGAUGGCACGUUUCCUGCUCCACAGGGUGUGUGAAGACUUUGGAGUGGUUGCCACUCUAGAUCCAAAACCCAUGACAGGAGACUGGAACGGAACCGGUUGCCACAUUAAUGUGAGCACAGUGCAGAUGAGAGAACAAGGAGGAAUUGUGCACAUUGAGAAAGCCAUCGAGAAACUGAGCAAGCGUCAUGCAGAGCAUAUUCGUGCCUACGAUCCACACGAUGGAGAAGAUAACAAACGUCGCCUCACAGGUUGCCACGAGACCUCCAGCAUCCAUGAUUUCUCAGCAGGUGUUGCUAACCGAGGGGCCAGCAUCCGUAUCCCACGUCAGGUGGGUCAGGAUAAAUGUGGUUACUUUGAGGACCGUCGUCCUGCUGCCAACUGUGACCCAUAUUCCGUGACCGGCAUAAUGGCCAUCACAUGCAUGCUGGAAGAGGGGAAAGAUGCCCAUGAACUUAAAUAACACACUUCUGGAAACUAAUAAUUGUUUAGAAUAUUAUAUAGAGGGCACUUUAACCUGUUAUAUUUGUUACUUUUGUUUGUAAAUUAUACUGUAUACAUAUUAAACUCUUCUUCUUAAA